UGCGUAUUGAUUCCUUUCCAUCCUAAGACUUGUAUAUAUUUCAUUGCUCUUUAGUCUUCAGCAUCAUUACGCUUAUCUCUUUAUUCAUUCCUUCUAUUUUCGCUCGCACAAUUACCAUCUGUCUUAUCUUAUACCAUACCAAUAUUUUCUUUUCUUGUCUCUCAGUCUCAUCUCUGUUCAUCCGAAGAGCAACACACCAUCACGGUUCACUUUUUGUUUUAGUUUUCAACGGCUUGCAGCUCAGACAAAGUGAAUAGCAAAAAGAGAAAUGUCUUCACAGAACCCUUUCGAGCAAUCCGAGUAUAAUCAAACUAAUCCAUUUGAGGAUUCAAAUCAGAUCCAGGCUGAUGUUCCUCUGACGGAACACUCUGGAAAAUCAGAGAUUGGUCAGGACUACACAUCCUAUACUCAGUAUGGAGACAGUCAGUCCUCGAUUUACCAGACCACCCCCUCUUCCAUUCCCGCUGAAGACCCCAAGCUUGCAGCGAAGGCUGCAGAGCUCCGUCGUCGUGAGGAGGAAUUAGCUGCCAGAGAACGUGAGAUGCAGGCUGCCCAAGUAGAGGCUGAACGUGUCCGGACCCAGGGCAAGAACAACUUUCCAAAAUUCUAUCCCCUCAUUUACAUGUCAAUCCCGGCAGAGAUUCCAAAGGCACAUCAAUCGACAGUCAAGUUCAUAUACAACCUGUGGCUGGCACUCCUUGCGACUCUGGGUCUCAACUUCCUUGCCUGUAUGCUGAUGCUCUUUGCUGGUAUUCCAAAUGGUGCUGCUGACAUGGGGGUUUCUCUCGGGUACUGCUUCACUAUCACUGCAGCCUCAUUUUUGCUAUGGUAUCGACCUGUAUACAAUGCAUUUAUGAAGGAGAUGUCGAUGUAUUAUUACUUUUACUUUAUUUUCAAUGGCUUCCAUAUCCUUUUCGCUUUCUACAUGGCUCUUGGAUUCCCAUCAACUGGAUCUGCUGGUCUGAUAAACAUGAUUCAGGUGUUCAAUGGCCACCAUAUUUUCGCUGGAAUUCUCUGCGUAUUUUCAACCAUACUCUGGUUUGUUCAAGGUGGCGGCUGCCUUUUCUUUUACCGCAAGGUUCACAUGCAUUAUAACCAGCAGGGACAUACUUUUGAUCAGGCCAAGGCCCAGGUUACAUCCUCUGCCGUGCGUAAUCAGGCAGUUCAGAAUGCUGCCUGGAGUGCUGCAACUGGUAAUAGGGUCUGAGCUGACCUUGCUGCUUCUGACCCCUAUUCAUACUCUCGUACAU